AUGCAGCAACAGCAACAACAGCAGCAUCAGCAGCACCAACCUCAACAUCCCCAGAACCCUCAGCAGCAACACCAGCAGAACCAGCAACAUCACCAGCAACAACAGGGUCAGCAACAGCAGCCGCCACAAUCGCAAAACCAGCAACAACAGCAUCAGCAACAACAAGCACAACAUCAACAGCAACAUCAACAGCAACAGCAACAGCAACAGCAACAGCAGCAGCAGCAGCAGCAGCAGCAACAACAACACCAACAGCAGCAAGCGCAGCAACAACAACGUCAGCAAAACCAGCCUCAACAACAGCACGCGCAACAGCAACAACAGCAGCACUAUCCCACGUCGCAACCUCAGUCACAUGGCCAGACUCCUGCGGCUUCAGCGCACCAGCACUCGGCUUCCAUCGCGUCCGUGACGACCCCCCAGACCCCGACAUUCCCUCAACAUAACCAGAACGCGACUGCAAAUGGCACAUCGUCGGUGUCGACGCCCCUUAGUCCCGGUAGCGAGUCCCGCGAACAGGAGAGGUUCUCACUGCUGUUGGAGAUCAACCAAGAGCUGUUGUUCGAGUCAAUGCAGUUGCAACACACGCUGAGCGAGUUGAAGAAAGAGACACCAGGAGAAGGAGAUCAGGCAAGGAAACCGACCCAAGAAGAAGGGUCGGUUCAGCAGGACUACAGCCAUUGUAUGCGACGACUUCAAGCGAAUCUCGCAUACCUAGCCGCUUUGGCCGAUCGCAAGGGAAACGUCCAGGUUCCUCCAUCGCCCGCUUACCUGUCCUCCCCGCCACUGAAUAUGGCGCUCAAGAUCCGAAAUUCAACCCCGCCAGGCGACAUUCCCGAGAACAAUCCAGACCCGAUGACAGACCGCGAGGAACGAUCCAAAUACCUAUCUGAGCUGUACAGAAAGCUUCAAGCGCUGUUUCCAAAUGCGGACCCCAAGAAGGAGCCACCGUUCCAGGCCGCGGGCCGCCCUCAGGGUCAACCGGGGCAGCAGGGACAAGGUCAGCGGCCGCCGAGCCACCACGCGAGCCCCGCCAUGGCUCAAGCUCAACGGCCCAUGCAAAUGCAGAACAUGCCCGGAGCACAUCAGCAGCAGGGCAUGUCUCUAUCAUGA